AUGCCUACAGCUCACCCACCUAUCAAUAUCUACCCUAUCAAGCCAUCCAUCUCAUCUCCUCCCUACGCAACCACCCACCCCUCCUCCCAACCCCUUCCCAUCUAUAAAUUCUUCCAUCUCCCCCGACAAUACUUCGGCCCCUACGACGACGUCCAACCCUCUUCCUCUGCCACCCCCUCCUUUAUAGUCUCCUCCUCGGCAACCUCCUUUUCUGCCACUUCCUCUUCUCCAACCGUCUCCUCAGCCAUCCAGCUCCUCCUCUGCCAAUUCCUCCUCUUCCACCUCCUCAGCCAUCCACCACCUCCUCCUCUGCCGUCUUCUUCUCUGCCGUCUCCUCCUCUGCCAACACCUUCUCUUCCACUUCGUCUUCUCCAGUCAUCUCCUCAGCCAUCCACCUCCUCCUCUGCCAACUCCUCCUCUUCCACCUCCUCCUCUGCCGUCUCCUCCUCUGUCGUCUCCUCCUCUACCGUCUCCUCAGCCAUCCACCAUCUCCUUCUCUGCCAACUCAUUCCUUUGCAACUCCUUCUUUGCCGUCUCCUCCUCUACUGUCUCCUCAAUCAUCCACCAUCUCCUCCUCUGCUCCCUCCUCCUUUGCCACCUACUCCUGACACCUCCUCCUCUCCAACCGUCUCCUCCUCAGCCAAAUCUUCUGCAACACCUCCUCUCCAGCCGUAUCCUCAGCCAUCCACCAUCUCUUCCGCCAUCCACCAUCUCCUCCUCGGCCAACUCUUCUGCCACCACCUCCUCUCCAGCCGUCUCCUCCUCUACCAAUAA